AUGCUCGGCGUGGGACGAAGCUCCCUUCGUCUCCGCGCAGCCCGCCGCAGCUACAUCGAGAUAUCAAACUACUUCAGCGCCAGGCAGUCGAGGACUCCUUCACAGGCCUUCUGUCUCUCACAGAGGAAACCGUUUCAUGCCUCGUGUCGGCGGUUCAAUGAUGACUUGCAUGCCAGUUCGCCCAAUUCCACCAGUUCCACCACUUCUUCCCUCCUAGAGCAGUACAAAAAUGCUGUCGAAUUCCCUCCUGCGACGCAUGAUUUCAGAUCCUUCCUGCUACAUGCCACGCCCGGCCAGACCGUCGUCCUCCAUGGCUACCUGGGCAGCCGGGCCGAUCUGUCCAAAAAGCUCUCGUUCGUCCGCCUAACCGAUCCAACCAUGAGACACAACAUCCAGAUCGUCUCCUCCUCCAAGAACGAUGCCCUUGCCAAACUCAAGGCCAUUGCUGCCAACAGCCCCGUCGCAGUCCGGGGUACUGUUCAACAAAAGAAGGGAAGCUCCGGCGAGCGAGAGUCGCCCGACACUGAGAAGAUCGAUAGCUUGGAGAUCGAUCUGGAGGACAUCUGGCCGCUCAAUGAGUUCCCCAAGGACAUCAUCAUGACCCCGGAGACCGUCUUCCCUGCCGAACAGCGGCAUCUCCAGCUACGGUCCGACCGCGACCUGCGGGAAGCCCUCCGGUUCCGCGCCCAGGUCCGGAAUAUCUGCAGAGAAGAGCUGGAGCAGUGCCAGCCGCCGUUUGUCGAGAUCGAGACGCCUCUCCUGUUCAAAUCUACGCCCGAGGGCGCUCGCGAGUUCCUCGUGCCAACGCGACGCAAGGGCCUUGCCUACGCUCUGCCUCAAAGCCCGCAGCAAUACAAGCAGAUCCUGAUGGCCAGCGGGAUCCCCAGAUACUACCAAUUCGCGCGCUGCUUCAGAGACGAGGAUCUCAGGGCAGACAGACAGCCCGAGUUCACUCAGCUUGAUCUGGAGAUGUCGUUCGCGACAGGAGCCGACGUGAUGAGGACAAUAGAAGGGGUGAUUCGAAGACUCUGGUCGACUUUGCUGAACGUGUCCCUCCCGCCAGAACCCUUCAAAACGAUGUCCUACCAGGAGGCCAUGAGCCGAUACGGGUCGGACAAGCCGGACACCCGAAUCGGAAUGGAGAUCACCCGACUCGACUACCUGCUACCGGUGGAUCUGGUCCGGAAGAUCACUGAUCUGGUGGACCCGAUUGUGGAAGCCUUCAAAUUUGAAGGCAACGACAACGACCCCGCAGCGACGCUGAAGUUCAUCACCGACUUCCUCGACUCCCCUGCGGGUGCGGACUUCAACAACAAUCCGGACGGAGUUCCUGGGGUUUUUGUCUACGAUGCUGGAAAGCCCCUUUGCGGGCUGCAGGCGUUCGGGUUUGAAGCGGCAGAACGAGUCGAGGAGGUUCUGCAACCCGAGCACGGUGAUCUCAUCAUAUUGCAGGCGCGGAAAAAGGAGCCUUUCUCAGGAGGCUCGACGCCGCUGGGCGAUCUCCGGCGUGCACUGCAUUCAGCGGUCGUCGCGACUGGAUUCAAACCCGCUCCGACGGGGUUUGACUUCCUCUGGAUCGUCGACUUUCCGCUGUUCUCGCCGUCGAGCGACUUGGAGCCUGGCCAGGGCGGCGCGGCGGGCAUUGCCUCGACGCAUCAUCCGUUCACGGCGCCCAAGACGGCGGCCGACGUGGACCUGCUGCUGACGGACCCGACGCAGGCGGUGGCCGACCACUACGACCUGGUGGUCAACGGCGUCGAGCUGGGCGGCGGCAGCCGGCGGAUCCACGACGCGCGGGUGCAGGAGCUGGUCUUCCGCGACAUCCUGAAGAUGCCGCCGGAACGCCUGGCGGAUUUCUCGCACCUGCUGGACGCGCUGCGGGCGGGGUGUCCGCCGCACGCGGGUAUCGCGCUGGGCUUCGACCGGCUGGUUGCGGUGAUGCUGGGGAGGGAGUCGGUGCGGGACGUGAUGGCGUUCCCGAAGACGGGGAAGGGCGAGGAUGCGAUGGUGCAGGCGCCCAGCGCGAUGACGGAGGAGUCGCUGCAGACGUAUCAUCUGCGGUUGAGGGAGUGA